AUGAAAAAGGAACUUGAUGCUUUAUACAAGAACAAUGCAUGGGAUCUGGUUGACUUACCUCAUGGAAAGUAUGUGGUUGGGUGUAAGUGGGUUUACAAAAUCAAGACUUGUUUCGAUGGUACUGUUGACAUGUACAAUGCUCGACUUGUGGCCCAUGGUUUUACUCAAGAAUAUAGUGUGGAUUAUGAGGAGACUUUUGCUCUAGUUGCUCGCCUCUCUUUUGUGCAUGCUCUAUUGGCUAUUACAGCCUCUCGACAUUGGUUUUUCAUCUCCGUCGAGCUCUACAUGGACUUAAGCAGGCACCUCAAGCAUGGUUUGCUAAGUUUAGUGCCACUAUCUCUCGCCUUGGCUACUCCAUUAGCUCUAAUGAUUCAGCCUUGUUUAUUCGCCGUACAGACCGAGACCAGUAAGAUUGUUGACACACCGACUGAGCUUAAUACUCGUCUCACUCCUCAUGAUGGCGAGCCUCUUCGUGAUUUUACCUUAUAUUGGCAUUUAGUUGGUAGUCUUAUUUACCUUAUUGUCACUCGACAUGAUAUCUCGUAUGCUGUCCAUCAGUCUCCUCUUCAGUUGCAUGCUUAUACUGUUGCUGAUUGGGCGGGUGAUCCGACUGAUCAUCACUCUACCACUGGUUACUGUUUCCUACUUGGCGAAGAUAUGGGUGUCUCUCUUUCUUCUGCUAUUCCUGUAUACUGUGACAACAAGAGUGCUAUUCAUAUUUCACAUAAUGAUGUUUUUCAUGAGGACCAAACUUAUUGA